GUUAAAAGUCUUUACCUUUAAUAAGCCCAAGCCGCUUCUCUCCAUCUCUCUCUCUCUACAUUUCUCUAAUAUCUGAAAUGGCGAGAGUGUUGCGUGUGGCGAGAUCCUCCUCCCUCUUUAGCUUCGGGAGCAGAUCCUACUCAGCCGAAGCUAGCCACGCGUCCUCUCCUUCUCCUCCUCCAACGUUUCUUCGCGGCGGUGGAGCUCGCAGGGACGUUACCAAGGAGAGAAACGUGCAGUGGGUGUUUCUCGGCUGUCCCGGUGUAGGAAAAGGCACUUACGCUAGCAGACUCUCGAGUCUUCUCGGUGUUCCUCACAUCGCCACCGGAGAUCUCGUCCGCGAGGAGCUUGCUUCUUCCGGUCCUCUCUCCCAACAGCUAAAAGAGAUUGUAAACCAGGGGAAACUGGUUUCGGAUGAGAUCAUAGUGAACCUAUUAUCAAAGAGACUUGAGGCUGGUGAAGCCAAAGGUGAAUCAGGUUUCAUUCUCGACGGCUUUCCUCGGACCAUGAGACAAGCUGAAAUACUAGGAGAUGUCACUGACAUCGAUCUGGUGGUGAAUCUGAAGCUACCUGAGGAGGUUUUGGUUGACAAGUGUCUAGGCAGGAGAACAUGCGAUCAGUGCGGUAAAGGUUUCAACAUAGCUCACAUCAACUUAAAAGGUGAGAAUGGGAAACCAGGGAUCAGCAUGGAUCCGCUUCUACCUCCACCUCAGUGCAUGUCAAAGCUCAUCACUCGUGCUGAUGAUACCGAAGAGGUUGUUAAAGCUAGGCUUCGUAUUUACAAUGAAACCAGCCAGCCUCUUGAAGAGUACUACCGUAGCAAGGGAAAGCUGAUGGAGUUUGACUUACCUGGAGGCAUCCCUGAGUCAUGGCCAAGGCUAUUAGAAGCCUUGAGGCUUGAUGAUUACGAGGAGAAACAAUCUGCCGCGGCAUAGUUCUCACUUCACUUUACUCCGGUAUUUAUUUAUAUAAUUCUUUGCAUGUGGAAGACAUAUGCCUAAUCAGUUUUGUGUGUUGGAAAUAAAAGAAAAACCUUAGAUUGUUUUUUUUAUUGCCUCAGUUCAGAAUAAUCAUCAUCAUAUACACUUUUGCAAACUAUAAUGAUGUAUCAUGAUUGUUUUAUGAGUUUCCUAGUUACAGGAAUGUAUAAACACUUUUACACUGCUUUGGUACACAUCAGGUUUUGAUUAUUUUUUUGUUUGAAUGUGAUCAUGAUUGUUUAUCAGUUUGCUAGUCACAGGAAUGUAUCAAUACUUCGAGACUGUUAUGGCUCACAUCAGGUUUUGAUUGUUAUGAUCUUGUGAUUUGUUAGUUUGGUUGGUUGCUGAUUGUGUGUGAUAAUAUUGCGGCUGGCCGAGCUGGCUGGUUAAAGAACUCAACCAGACAGUAAAGUAAAACAGUCGCAUACAUUAAAGAUUCUGUGGAACGUAUAACCAGCUCCUCUCUGUCCUAGAAUUGGCGGUUUCGGGAUAGAACUGUUCCUUACAUACUGUUGGAGCCCUUUGAUUUUUCUGACUUGACCUUUAGAUUCUUAUUGUGGAUGGUGAAAUCACAAUAGCGAACAUGUACUUUACAGAGAUCUCACUUACAUACUGAAACUCAGUCACUAGUAUCUCUUUGUAGUGACUUAUGGUGUUGUCUCGGCUUGUAUAUCAAACAUUUCAAAUCGAUGGAAAGUAAGGUUUUUUCUU